CUGUCAGGUGUUCCUGUAAAGAAAACUACUAUGAGGGAUCCUCGAUUCGACGACCUGUCUGGAGAAUACAAACCUGCCAUAUUUGAAACCUCGUAUAAAUUCAUUAAUGACCUCAGACAAAGAGAGAAAGAGGUGGUAAAAAAGGAGCUGAAGAAAGAAGAAAACAGCCAGAGGAAAGAAAAACUGCAGAGUCUCCUGAAGAGGAUGGAAAACCAGGAGCGAGUGAGGAAGAGCCGAAAAGAGGAGAGCGAGCGAGAGCUGCAGUUCAAGAAGCAGCAGAGAGAGGGCGCCAAACAGGGCCUGAGACCCUUCUUCAUCAAGAAAUCUGAGAAGAAGAAGCUGCAGCUCGCAGAGAAAUACCAGCAGCUGAAGAAGAGCGGGAAGCUGGACACGUUUCUCAGCAAGAAGAGGAAGAGGAACACCAGGAAGGACCGCCGGAAGCUGCCCGGAUAACUGUGACAAAACACAUGAAGAAGAAGCAGCUGAGAAAAAAACAAACGCUGAACUCUGACACCAGACACACUUUGCUCUGUGGUGGAGCAGUGACCCCAGUUAGCCACUAGAUGGGAGCAGUGUCGCAUCAUCACUGCAGGUGGACUCAGUGAGCCACAGGGUUCCUUUUUGUUUUUUGGGGGGGUCACUGAAUUUAUGGUAAAUUUUGUAUUUUUAGGAUGGAUAUCAGCACAAUAAUAUUUAAUGCCACCAGGGGGUGCUGUGUAGUUUCACUGUGAAAUGUGCUUAUAAAGAGGAAGAACAGAGUAAAUGAUGUCACAUUAACAUAAUUUCACCAUCAUUCCUGAAGUAGAAUUCCAGGAUUGUUCAUUCCUGGCAGAGAGAUGUGCACAGAGUGCCCUUCGCCCUGGAACUAAAAACCCCAAAAGUGGGGGGAAAAAAAAAAAAAGUCUGAAA